AUGCUUGAGGAUGCUGGUCGGCUCAUCGAUGCUGCCGCACGCUCCAAUGCCGCAGAAGCGGAACGUGGUGCACCCGACUCGGACUCCAAGCAGAACAACAACGGCGAUCGCAAGCGCAAGGGAGCUCCGUUGGACUUCCAGCCACGCCACAGGAAUCAAAGAGGAGAGCGAGGUGGUGCAUCGAAUGACCGUAAGCGACAUAAGAAAGGCGAUAUGGGAAGAGGAGAGUACUUUCGUGAUGCCCCAGACAAACGCGAAAAGACGAAUGCCUCCCGUGAGAAGCGUCUCGAGGGCAAAGGCCCCAACUACGGCACCCAGUUCUCCAAAGAAGAAAUUGAUGCAGAAGAGCGUCGACCCAAGCGGAAAGUCGCCGUGUUGAUCGGGUACUCUGGGACAGGGUACAAAGGCAUGCAAAUCUCCGCCUCCGAAAAGACCAUCGAAGGCGACCUCUUCAACGCUUUCAUUGCUGCCGGUGCAAUCAGUAAAGCGAAUGCAGAUGAUCCCAAGAAAGCAUCACUGGUUCGCUGCGCCCGGACCGACAAAGGCGUUCAUGCUGCCGGGAAUAUGAUCAGUCUCAAGCUCAUUGUGGAGGAUGAAGACAUUGUGUCCAAGAUCAAUCACCAUCUGUCUCCGCAAAUCCGCAUAUGGGGCAUCGAGAGGACGAUUGGGAGUUUCAGCUGUUACCAAGCGUGCGACAGUCGGUGGUAUGAGUAUCUCAUCCCAUCGCACGCAUUCCUUCCGCCUCAUCCCAGCAGCUGGCUGGCGAAGAAGUUGGAGGCAGGCGCGGACGAGGCUGGUGACCGCGUCCAGUACGAGUCUCGCCAGGCGGAGGUCAAUGGUUUUUGGGAUCGCGUUGAUCGAGACGACAUCGAGCCGGUACUCGCAUCCUUGGACGCGGACAUUCGUGACGACGUCAUCAAAGCACUUCGAGGGGAAGAUGAAACGGAUGCGCACGCGUCUCAUGAACUUUCAACUACCACGUUGGACACGGAAGUCCCGGCACAACAAACCUCCCCCGAAGAUGACCAUCAUCUCCGCCUCCGAGCGGCGACGAAGAAACUCCGUCUAGCCUACACUUCGGCGAAGCGUCGAUACCGCAUCGAACAACAACGCAUAGAUCAGAUUCAGGCCGCGCUCGACAAAUUCGUCGGAACCUCAAACUUCCACAACUACACGGUGCAAAAAACAUACAACGACCCAUCCGCAAAGCGUCACAUCAAGUCAUUUGUCGUCAACAAACGUCCCGUGCUGAUAGGCGAUGGUCCGGAUGAAGAGAAGUCUGAAUGGCUCAGCCUGAAGAUCCAUGGCCAGAGUUUCAUGAUGCAUCAGAUCCGCAAGAUGAUUGGAAUGGUCACCCUGCUCGUCCGCUGCGGCUCCGACUUGUCCACUCUGGACAAAUCCCUCACCCCUGCCCGCUUCUCCAUCCCGAAAGUGCCGGGGCUGGGCCUGCUACUCGAACGGCCCGUCUUCGAUUCCUACAACGAACUCCAAGCCGUCAAGCACGGGCGGGAGAAGCUGGAUUUCGGCAAGUUUGAGACGGAGUUGGAGGAGUUUAAGCAACGGGAGAUUUAUCAAAGAAUCUUCCGAGAGGAAGAGGAGAGGAAUGAGUUUGGCAAGUUCUUCACUCAUGUGGACAACUUCAAGGAGCCGUACUUUCUGUACGUGACGAGUAAGGGGUUGUAA